CUCUCGCGCCCCAGCCCCGCCUUGCUCCGAGAGCAAGUGACCCAAUAAAGCUAUUUUGAAAGUGACCCCGCCGCAGCUCCAGUAAGCUAGCGGCGGCAGCAGCUGUCGGAAAUCAUGACUGAAGAUGACGGAUUCCGCCGUGGUGGUGGAGGGCCAGCUCAAGUGGAGAGAUGGAAAAAAGUGGAAGAAUAGAUGGGUGGUGCUGCGCAAACCUUCCCCGGUUGCGGAUUGCUUGCUCAUGCUGAUAUAUAAGGAAAAAUCUGAACGAAUGAAGGGUCUGAAAGAACGGACGAGUGUGACUUUGGAAGACAUUUGUGGCUUGGAACCUGGCCUCUUUUAUGAGGGUCUGAAUCACACACUUGCCAUCAUCUGUUUGACUCAAGUUGUUGUGCUGGGUUUUGACAACAAAGAAACCAUGCAUGCCUGGGAUGUACGAAUCCGCUACAGUUUAGGUGAAGUUCAUAGGUUUCAUGUUGUGGUUGCACCUGGAACUAAACUGGAAAGUGGACCAGCAACUCUCCAUUUCUGCAAUGAUAUUCUAGUACUGGUAAAAGACAACCCACCCUCUAUAAUGGGGCAAUGGAAACUCUCAGAUUUGCGACGUUAUGGAGCAGUUCCUAAUGGAUUUGUCUUUGAAGGAGGAACUCGAUGUGGCUUUUGGGCUGGUGUUUUUUUCCUCUCUUGCAUGGAAGGCGAGAAGAUCAGCUUUCUUUUUGAUUGCAUCGUUCAUGGCAUCUCUCCAACAAAAGGUCCCUUUGGCUUACGUCCAGUCCUACCAGAUCCUAAUGCAAAUCCCACAUGCAUGGAAGAGAGAGUGGCCCAUGAAGCUUUGCAGUUAGAGAAACGCCUAAGCCUCCUAUCCCAUACAAGUUUCCAUGGCAGAGGAGGUGAAGACAGAAGUUUAUCAAGUUCAUCUUCAGAUACAAGCCACUCUGAUGCUAGCAUUGGGAGCAGGUUGACUAUUUGGCCUGACCAGUCUUCUUCAACGAGUACUUCUCAAGAGAGCCAUGGACUGGCUGCUGCAAAAUGCAUUCACCUUGGGGAGGAAAAGGCCCAUUCAGAAGGCACUCGCAGCACCACCAAGCUACCCCCUAAGAAUCUUCGCUCUAGGCAACUACAGGAAAUAGGCCGCCAGAGUUCUUCUGACAGUGGAAUAGCUACAGGGAGCCAUUCUUCCUACUCUGGAAGUUUUUCCUCCUACACUGGGAGCCUGGAUAUUUGUCAUGGUGAUGAAUUUGGGUCACUGUUGAGCCUGCCACUGAACCUUCCUUCAGACCAGUGUGUGUGUACCUGCCCACCUGCAGAGCAUCAGAGGAGCCCUGGCCUGGAGUACCAGGUUCCCAGCUCUCUUAGACAUACCUAUGACACGCCCAGGAGUUUGUUGCAGCUAUCUGCUAAAAAUGUACAAAGUUCACAUACAGAUUCCUCACUGUCCAAGGACCAGGUACCUCAAGGGAUAGGUGACCAUAGCACAGUGUCACCACAUCUGGAACUUCAAGCUGCUUGGGAAUGUGGCCAAGAGAAGGGGAUGCAGGCAACCUUUCCCCUAGAAAAUACCAAAGACUCAUUCCUCAAAGAAAGCACAGAUCACAUUUCAAGGUGGCCACAUCUGAGGCUGCAAGGACAGGGAUUGGAUUCUAGAAAUACUGAGGUGACACUAAGUGGAAUCUCUAGCACCCCAUGUGAAAUAUGCAACUCUUCUCUAGGGACAAUGCGAGCUGUCUUUUCAUCUUGCCCAGUUUGUGGUGGGCUAAAGGAAACUUCAAUUUUAUCAUCUGGAACAUUGCAAAGUAGUCCAGGCCUUAAAGGAAGCUAUGAAUUGAUGAUGCCACCUACUGAAGCUGGCUCUCUACUUGAUUCUGAAGAUGUUGAUACUGGAGGUGACUCAGCAGAUCCACCUGUGUCUGAUCGAUUGCGCAGCGAGAUGGCGACCUAUGUUAAUAUUCCUACUGGUCCCACAUCAAAGAAACAGCUGCAUUACAUGGAGUUAGAACUCCAGGAAUCCAGUACAAAUAUAAGAGGAAGUGAAUCAACGAAAUAUGCACAGAUUGAUAUUACAGCCACAGAGACAGCCCAUAAAGUGGGGUCACAACAUGCACAGUUUAGAGAAGAUCGCCUUCAAGAGCUUGAACAAAAGAAGAAAAGCAACCAAGCAUGUUCCUCCUAGGAAAAAACUAAUUUGCUAACUAUAGUGAUAUUUGUAAAUGUUUUAUGAAUUCAUUAAUUUAACUAAAUACUACCAUUGUUUUCGAAUUCAUACCAGAUUCAUUCCACUUCAUUGAUUUUUAGUUGUACAACUGGUAGCAUGGUGUGUGGGUGUGUGUUUGUGUAUAUAUAUGUGCAAAAACGUUGGUUGUAAACAUGUCUGGUAAAUAACAUAUGUUGUAAUUUUUUAAAUGGCUUGCUUAAUCAUGUAUCUAAUACACAUGAUUUUAAUACAGGUAUUUAAUAUAAAGAAAAUUGAACAAGGAUGUAAAUGUAGCUAAGUAUUCACAAAGUCUUGGUUUAUACAGUGUGUUAUUGAUAAGUGGGGCUGACUCGAUGAUCCAUAGGGUUCUUUCCAGCUCUGCAGUUCAAAGCUUGUUCUUCUUCUUCUUGUUGUUAUAAAAUAAGUUGUUAAGAGUUAAGGUAGCUUUUCAUGCAAGUUUUCAAAAAGGCAUGUGAGUCGUAUAGUUUGUGGCUGGUGCUGUUAGAUGAAAAGUAAGUUAACUUCACAUUUUCAGCUGGCAUAUUUUGUUUCUCUGCAAUCCACUUUAUAAGUAGUGGGUGAACCUAGCAGUGCUAUUUCUUGCUGCAAAGCAAGAUCCACAGAAAUGUCUUUAAAUGGCAGAGGGCAUUUCUGGGCAAUUCUGUCUUUUUUGUGCCUUCUUGGUUCCCAGCCUUCGGUCCCCAGAUAUUCUUGGACUAAAAUUCCCAGAAGUUUUCAUCACUAGCUGUGCUGGCCAGGGUUUCUGAGAGUCGUAGUCCAAGAACAUCUGGGGACCCAAGGAUCCUCCAGGGAUCUUCAGUUAGAAGGGGGAAUCAGUAAAAAUGGUUCCCUCCUUUUCUGUUGCUGGAGUAUCCUAGAGGAUCCAAAGCCACUCCAUGCACCUUUGGAUUCCAUGCAGUAAAAUUAUAAUGAAAAAUAUUAUUUACAUGUUUUCACGUAACUGCUGCAGUUAAGGCACUGUCACUAGUGUACUUAAAGCAUACAUUUAAAUAUAUUUCACAACUGUAAACCUGUUGCUCUAAGCUUUUGUCUUAACUUUUGUUGUGGGCUUUGGUCAGCAGCAGUAGUGUAUGAGAUGCAGCACAUCUAACCCCAUAUCUGGUGCCUUAGUUCUAAGUGCUGUAAAUUAAACCAUUAUAGUAGUUUAUAGUAGCCCACUGCAGGACUCUCAUUUUGCAUAUCAGCAAAGCAACCCCAAGUAAAUUUAAAGUUGUGCUGUUAAUUUAUCGACCAGUGGUACCAAGCAUAAACCAAGCUGACAUCUGUAAUUUACACUCAGAGUUGCAUAAAUAAGUGAAAUCAGCUAAAAAAUGCAUUUCAUUUAACUUUAUGUGUAAUUACUUCACCACUUGGACCUUUAGGGGAAAGCAUGUAUGCCAAUCUUAUCUCUAGACAACAUAGAUAGUGUUACUAAUUUUCUAGGGUGUUUUCUAUUUUACACAAAUAUUUUUUCUACUAAAGCAACAUCCUUUAUUUUCUGUAUGCUUAGUGACUUUGAAUCCAGUAGCACCAUAUUGAAUAAAUGGAUGUGCAUUCCAUUUUCUCAUCUAUCAAAUCCAGUUUACACCUGACAUGUAUUCUUCCUGCAUGACAGCGGUUGGCGUCAAGUGGUCUUACAAUCCACACACCUAAGGACAUCCUAAGUUUUUAAAAUGCAGUUUCCCAUUAUGUCCAGGAACAGUUGUUUUCACCUCAGGGGUCCCCAAAGCCCACACUCCAAAAUAACGAAAAACCAAAGCCAGAGGUGCUUGUCUGAGCACUUUGGCUCUGAAUUUUUUUAAAUCAUAAUUCAAAACAACCAUUUCUAGGCCCAGUGGCGGGUGUAAAAAUGUGUCCUGCAAAGCCCCCUGAGAUUGCCACUUCUACCAUUUGAUGAUUACAGUAACAUUACCCUGUUAUGUACGUAGUUUUAACUUUGGUUCAGCAUCUUGGGAGAUAGCCAUACGUUUUUAUAGAAAGAUAAGGGGAAAAUUCUGUGUAUUUAAUAGUCCCUCUUGAAAAUAUGGACUUGCAUUUGUACUUUCAGCGUUUGCCUCUAAAAUGGUGGUUGAAAUAAAAAUUUAAAAUAAUUAUUACCUUUUAUUCCAUGAUGAUGAACACCUUUUUGUAAGAAUUUUAUAAUAUUGUUUAAAACAUUGAAUUUGAAAGCAGUAAAUUUUUUUGCAUCAGA